AUGUAUCAGCUGGAGAACAUGGACGACUCCAGCUUGUUCAUGCAGUGGGCCGUGGACACGCUGCAGCACGACCACCCGCCGCCGGUCGCCGCCGGCGACCAUGGCUGUACCUUCCCGUCACUCCAAGAGCUCCGCCGCUCGUCAUUGCAGCACGGCACGGCCCCGGCGGGAAUGGCGGUACAAGAUGGCCACCGUCACCAAGCCGCCGAUAGCUGGAGCUCCGGCGAAAGCGCCGGCGGCGGCCAUGAAAACACGUCUGCCUCGCCCACGGUCGUGGAGAACGACGUCUGGUCGUCCAACUCGGCCAAGUGCGCAACGACCUGCAGCGUCGGCAGCAGCAACAACCACCUGCCCAUGAGCUGGAACUUCACCUCGGCCCUGGCGCAGCCGAGCAACGAGGCCGCCGCUCCUCCCUCUGGAGCGCACGACGGCCCCGGCAUGACGGAGCAGGCCCACGUGUCGCCGCCGUCGAGGAGAGCCACCGCCAGGACCGGGCACGCGCCGUACGCGCAGGACCACAUCAUGGCGGAGCGGAAGCGCCGGGAGAAGAUCAACCGGCGGUUCAUCGAGCUCUCCACCGUCAUCCCCGGCCUCAAGAAGAUGGACAAGGCGACGAUCCUGUCGGACGCCGUCAAGUACGUCAGGGAGCAGCAGGAGAAGCUCAAGGCGCUCGAGGACCGCAGCCGCAGGAGCGUCGGCGUCGAGUCGGUGGUGCUCGUCAAGAAGAAGCCGUGCACCGCCGUGCCGGAAGACGACUGCCCCUCACCAUCUGCAGGGGCGGUAGCUGGAAGCACGACGACGAUGACGACGACGACCGGGAGCGGGCUGCCGGAGAUCGAGGCGAGGAUCUCGGAGAGCAACGUGAUGGUGAGGGUCCAUUGCGAGGACGGCAAGGGGGUGCUUGUCAGGUUGCUCGCCCAGGUGGAGGGGCUACACCUGAGCAUCACGCACGCCAAUGCCGUCCCGUUCCCGGCUUGCACUCUCAUCAUAACCGUCAUGGCAAAGGCAAGUUCGUUUAACUUAGUUAACUCUCAACCUGCUGCCCAUUCUUCUUGCAAUUUAUUACAAAGCAUUUUUUCACGUACUAUCUCCGUGUCUUACUUAAUAUAA